GCACACACUCUAUCUCUCAAAGACACUCUCUCACACUCACACACUCAGGCACGCACGCACGCACGCGAGGUUAUCACAGCCCCUCUCCAGUGACAUUUCAGCUAAAUUAAAAUGAGCUCGUCACUUCCUAAGAGUGAAUCUACAACAUCUCUGAUCGGAUCCUCCGUUCACCGUCAACAUCAGCAUCACCGGAACACCGGAAACACGACGCCCGCGGAAGGCGCGCGCGGAAGCUCCCGGAACGGAUGCGCGAGACGCGGUCAGAGGAGUCAGCCCGAAGAGGAAACGGCGCGACGCAAGCAGCCGUCUCGUCUCUCUCAGAGCGAGAAAACCCCGAGGCGCUCGGACGAAACCAGUUCGUUUUUUGAGCCGAAGGAGAAACCGCGAAGGGGUUCAAACCUGAGCGUAAAAGCGAACCCCGCGUCCGCGUGCGCAGAGCCGACAGGAAAGCACGGCAACGCGCGCGCGAAGGCACCGGACGAAGAGCUGCGUCCGAUCAUAAAGUCGGUCUUCGGACAGGACAGACAGCUAAGACCAGAAGAACUGGAUGAGCUCCGAGAAGCGUUUAAAGAGUUUGAUAAGGACCGAGAUGGCCUUAUUAAUUGUAAGGAUCUGGGGGUCUGUAUGAGGACGAUGGGUUACAUGCCUACAGAGAUGGAGCUGAUUGAACUAAGUCAGCAGAUCAACAUGAAUAUGGGAGGUCACGUGGACUUUGAUGACUUUGUGGAGUUGAUGGGACCAAAACUGUUAGCAGAAACAGCUGAUAUGAUCGGGGUGAAGGAGCUCAGAGAUGCUUUUAAAGAGUUUGACGCUAAUGGAGACGGUCAAAUCAGCACAUCUGAACUACGAGAGGCCAUGAAGAAGCUUCUGGGACGACAGGUUAGACGCAAAGAGCUGGAGGACAUCCUGAAGGACAUUGAUCUUAACGGUGAUGGACAUGUGGACUUCGAAGAGUUUGUGCGCAUGAUGUCACGCUGACAUGGAGGAACGACAGAUGAGAACUGAAAGGUGCUAGGGAGAUUAGAAGAGACAUUUGGAAUACAACCUCAGACCUCUGACCCUGCAAUGAAGUGUGGAAGCCCUUUGCAUCUCCUUUAUAAAGACUACAGGCUGAUCAAACAAUGCUGCAAGAAAACAUUUUAUAUCUCCAGCUCUAACAGAAGCACAUCUUCCUGAAGAUAAUCAACAUAUCGCUGCAAUACUGUGACUUCAGAUUCUUGGAUAUGCAUUGGAUAUGCAAUAUUACUUCUUUGUUUCUGUAUUUAUGUGGAGAUGUUUGUUGCCGCGUGAGAGUGAGUGUGUGAAGCCCAUUUCACAAGAGACGCAGGAAAUGUGUCCUUUAAGCAUCAUUCAAUGUAGCUUUUUUAUACCAGAACAGCGUGGCAAGCAGUGCAGCAGGGGGUUACAGGUACACUAAGCUUGAUUUUAUGUUUUGAAUCUACUUUUGUUGCUAGGGUUUUCUAGCUAGAAACACAAUGAAAAUAUUUCUGCUACAAUGACAAAAGCACAUCGAGACAAAUCUCCACCAGUAUACCCUCACUGGAGAGCCAGUAGAAAUUGUGAAUAAUGUGUACAUAAAUAAGCUGACCCUGACACAAGAAGCAAAGAGCACAACACAGUGAUAUACUGGGGAAGACCUGUCAGGUUUUUUCCCCAGGCCGACUCUAUAGGAAUCUCAUAUACAUAAUAAAAUGCAUGAAUUUGCUUCAGUUAAUAUAGUUCCAUUGAGUAAAAUUACAAAACUAAUCAAGAUAUAUUCCCAAAACGUUCUUUCUAGAUACCUCUAUACACAUGCUUAUGUGAUUUGGUCUUGUUAACAGUUAAGAAAUGGUAUCGGUAGCUUUAUUUUAUCAUUUGUCAAACAUAAAACAUUUGAGUGUUUUCUAUUAAAACAAUAUCCUAUGUGGAAUGUAUUUACCCAUAUAAAUGAUAACUUACACUCACCUUUCAUAUAGGAAUAGGAAUGCAUGUACACCUGCUUAUUCAUGAACUUAUCCAAACAGCCAAUCAUGUGGCAGCAGCACAGUGCAUCAAAUCUUGCAGAUACAAAACUGGACAGUUGAAGAUUUGGAAAAAUGUCACCUGGUCGUUUUUCCAAUCAACUGUAGCCUCUUGUUCUUGAGUAAGAGGAGUGGAACCUGACAUGGUAUUCUGCUGUUGUAGCCCAUCCACUUCAUGUUUCGACAUGUUGUGCAUUUGAGAUACGUUUCUGCUCGUAAAGAAUGGUUACCCUAGCCUUUCUGUAAGCUCGAACCAUUCUGGUAAUUAUCUUCUGACCUCUCUCAUGUUUUUUGUUUUACGUACCAUUCUGUGUCAACUGUAGAGACUGUUGUGUGUGAAAAUCCCAGGAGUUUCUGAAAUACUCAAACCAGCCCACCUGGCACCAGCAACCACGCCACGGUUAAAGUCACAGAGAUCAUGUUUUUUUCCCAUUCUGAUGUUUGAUGUGAAACUGAGCUGUUAACUGAUCCUUUAGACCUGUAUCAACAUGAUUUUAUGCAUUGUGCUGCCGCCACAUAAUUGGCUGAAAGGACAAUUGAAUGAAUGUGCAGUUGUACAGUGCCCUCCACUAAUAUUGGCACCCUUGGUAAAUAUAAGCAAAGAAGGCUGUAAAAAAAAUGUCUUUAUUGUUAAACCUUUUGAUCUUUUGUUUAAAAAAAAAUCACAGAACUACUCUGCUCUCUAUUUUUUAUAAACCUGUGUUUUGUUCGCAAUUGUUUGAUAUCCAUAAAAGCAGAGUAUUUUUGUGCAUUUUUGAACAAACGAUCAAAAUUUUAAACAAUAAAGACAAUUUUUCAGUCUUCUUUGCUCAUAUUUACUAAGGGUGCCAAUAUUAGUGGAGGGCACUGUACACAUUCUGAUGAUUGCAUGUAAAAUAUAUGAAAAGGCUGGUCAUUAUGAUCCUAUAUACGUAUGAAAAGCAGCAAUAAUUAAUCAGUUUGUAUAUUGUAAAAUAUAUUAUACAAUACAGCAAUUUAAAGGAUUUCCAUGCCAUGUUGCGUCAGCUGUAAAAUGGGUUGUAGUUGGUGUUUGUGUUUAAAAAAAAAAUCUCUUGAAAAUCAGGGUGAUGCAAACGAUGCAAUAGAGGAACCAUUUUUUGGUUUCCUUAAAUGAAGUUAUUAAACAUUUUACAAGAAUAGACCCACUUAACUUUAUAAAUAUUACAUAAUACAUAUUUAAUUUAUGACCAUAAUCCAAUUAUUCAAAUAUUAGGCUCAUUAUUUAAAUGUGUACAGUACUACUGGGUUAUUUAUUGGAGUCAUAAAGCUAUAUUUAAACACUGACAGAACACAUUCAAUUCAAGCAAAUAGUCAAAUCAGCUAAUAAGUAUUAUUGUAUAAAAGAACACAAUAAUAAAUCUAACUUUAAUAAUAGUGCAUUGGGAUUUGCACCACUGUAACAUAAAUCAAAGAAUCAGCUAUGCUUCCUGACCCUUCUUUGAGAACCAGGGUCCCGAAGAAGCUUUUGAUGAGUGGAUUAUGGUUAUUCAGGAAAUGGUUCUUCUUUACGUCAAAAAUAGUUUAAGAAUUGUGACCCAAAAGGUUCUUCAUCAAACCUAAAAUGAUUCUUUAAAGGACCAACAAUAGUCCUUCUCUGGCUUCGCUCUAAAGACCAUGUUCUAGCACCUUUAUUUUUAAGAGUGUAAUGUGAAGUAGUAGCCUUUUAGCUAAUUAACAUGGAAGUCUAGUAUAUUCAUUUGUAUAUUAGUGAUGUAGAGUGAAAAUCUGUUGGAAAUAUCUUCAUUAACAUUCCCACACUCUUUACUGUGAUGUACAUUGAUUCCUUUGCACUUUUAAGGGACAUAUCACCUUCUGUCAUAGCUUCGUCUGAUAAAACGUUGCACUAUGUCAAACGUCGAGCCAUGUAGGAUUCAAGUUACUAGAAUAAAGGCACCUACACCCUAUGUAGUGCAUUAGAUUAAAUAUGCAGUAAUAAUCGCUGUAUACUGUACCAUUAUGAGAUAGUGUAUAAAAUAAUGACACUAUUAGUGCAACAGGGAGCCCUGCUUCCCUAUGGGCAGUAUAUAGGAUAUAAUAUAGCUACUUCUACAUCGUAUGCAUUAGUUCAUUAUGUGUGCAAUCAGCGGGUAUUUUGGAUACAGCUCUCUAUACAAAGUGCCCGGCAUAGGGUAUGAACUUGAAAUAAUGAAAUAAUUCAAUGUAGUAUACAGCCAAUAUGCAGAAGUGUAAGAUUCAGGUCUCUAAUGCACUACAUAGAGAAUAAAAUGCACUUACGCUCUAUUUAGAGCACUAUAAACACACCACAUAGGGAAUUUUACCUGUAUUCCACACCCUAUGUAGUGCAUUACACCCAACAGGGAGCCAUUUGCUUUUGAUUCAGCUCUGUAAUAAACAUAACAUUUAUUACAGAGCUGAAUCAUUAAGGAUAAAAUAAUAACACUUACACUCCCUGUAGUCUAACAUGCAAGUGCAUCAAUUUUGAUGCACUUCUCAUAUUAGGAAGCUCAAAAGUACAUUUAUUUUUAUGUUGUGACGACAAGAAUCUCCUGCAUGAAUAUAAUAUUGACCUAGUCAUAGACAAAUGUUGACCUAGUUGGAGUUAUGUGUGCAUUCAUUAUCUUUAUUGUGUGUGUCGACAUCUGUUUAACAUAUAAAAAGACAUCUCAAAAAACUCAAUGUGUGUAAAAGAAAGAAAGAGAGGAGAGUAUUCUGUAUUCUGUAUGUCUUCCUUGAAAGUGUCUUAAUUUUGUUCAGGUUUGUUUUAACUGUUUGAUUCUAUGCAUGCAGAGUGGAAGAGUGUAAACUUUAUUAAAGGCUUGUGUUAUGGAAAGUUUUCUUCAUAAUCAGAUGUGCUUGUUGAACAUCCCUUUCCAAAACCAUGGGCAUUAAUAUGGUGCUUGACCCUUCUUUGCUGCUAUAACAGCCUCCGCUCUUCUGCGAAGGCUUUCCACUAGAUUUUGGAGUGUGUGGCUGUGGGGAUUUGUGUUCAUUCAGCCACAAGAGCAUUAAUGAGGUCAGGCACUGACGUCGAGUGAGGAGGCCUGGGGUGCAGUCAGCAUUCCUGUUCAUACCACAGGUGUUCAGUGGUAAACCACCUUGGCAAACCAUGUCGUCACAGACUUCACUUUUUGCACAGUGGCAUUGUCACGUUGGAACAGGUUUCAGUGAAAGGAUACAGUAGUGUAUGUUAUACAUAUACCCAAAGGCCAAACAUUCAUCGUUCGUUCAUCUUCAAAAAACACUUCAUCCUUGCAGAGUCGUACUGGAUCCUGAGGUUAUCCGUGAAACACUGGGUGAGUGAUGUAAGUCCAUCGCAGGGCAUCAUGCACUCACACAUUUACACACUCAUUCACCCCUAGGUGCAAUUUAUCUUAAUCAACCCACCUAAUUGUGUGUUUUUGAAAGGUGGAAGGAAACCGGAGAACCGAGAGGAACCCACAAGGACCCAGGGAUAACAUGUAAAACUCCACACAGGCAGUAAUAAAACCUCAGGAUUGACCCCGGAAACCAGUAGCAAUGCUAUGGGGUGUGCAACUGGGCAACAUUGGCUGCUUAUUAGUGCUGAUCCUGAUUAUGAAAAG